CACAGGCCAUCAGGCAGAGAAGUAAGAUGGCCCGGUCCUGGUCGUGCAUGGCGCUGCUCGUCCUCGCCCUCUCCGCGCAGCUCGGCGCGUCCGACCUGUCGACGGGCUACUACAGCAACAGCUGCCCCAACCUGGAGAGCAUCGUGCGCGGCGUGGUGACGCAGAAGAUGGACGACACCAUCCGCACCAUCGGCUCCACCAUCCGCCUCUUCUUCCACGACUGCUUCGUCGAGGGUUGCGACGCGUCGGUGCUGAUCCGGUCGACGCCGGGGAACCCGACGGAGAUGGACACCGACGACAACAAGUCCCUGGCGUUCGAGGGCUACGAGACGGUGAGGAUCGCCAAGGAGGCUGUAGAGGCCGCGUGCCCCAACCUGGUGUCCUGCGCCGACAUACUCACCAUCGCCACACGAGACGCCAUCGCCCUGAGCGGCGGGCCGUUCUACCCGGUGGAACUGGGGAGGCUGGACGGGCUGAGCUCCACGGCCAGCAGCGUGGCCGGCAAGCUGCCGCAGGCCACCAGCACCCUCAACCAGAUGGUCGCCAUGUUCAGAGCGCAUGGGCUCACCAUGUCCGACAUCGUCGCCCUCUCAGCGGCGCACACCGUGGGGCUCGCGCACUGCGGCAAGUUCAGGGACCGGGUGUACGGCAGCCCGGCGGACGCCACGCUGAACCCCAAGUACGCGGCGUUCCUGAGGACCAAGUGCCCCGCCGACGGCUCGUCGGACCCGCCGGUGCUCAUGGACCAGGCCACGCCGACGCUCUUCGACAACCAGUACUACCGGAACCUGCAGAACGGCGGCGGCCUGCUCGCCUCCGACCAGGUCCUCUACAACGACAACCGCACGCGCCCCCUCGUCAACUCGUGGGCCAACAACACGGCCGCCUUCAGCCGGGGCUUCGUCGACGCCAUCGUCAAGUUCGGCCGCGUCGGGGUUAAGUCUGGCAGCGACGGGAACAUACGCAAGCAGUGCGACGUCUUCAACUGAUGACGAGAGGGAUCGAGAAGACGAGAAAUGCAUAA